UUUCAACAAUGCUCUUCACCCAGCUUCUCUUUCAGGCCCCUCUUUCUUUUGUUCUCUCUCCUCUCUUAAAGCGACAGUGCUUCUUUUUUAGUGCUCUUCCUUAAAAGAUUUGCUCUCGGCCCCCUUGCCUCCCCAUGUUUGUCUCUUGGAGACCGGGCACUGAGACCUCAUCCCGCCCUCCGCCUCCUCCUCCCCCUCUUCCUCCUUCUUCCUCCUCGUUCCUCCCUCCCCCCCUCCAGCUCCGCAGCUGAGUACUUCUCUAGGUCUGGGGAGUGGGACCCCCUGGGUUCCUUUCCCACAGAGCCCACUGAUGAAAUCCACCCACCCUGUGCCUCCCCUCCCAGGACAAGACCAGCAGCCCGAGGGGGAAGCCUCAGGGCCCUGGGGGAGCACCCCUAUCUCCUCCCCCAGGUCCGGGGGCCUGUGCCCGCCCUCCGGACGGAAAUACUCGGACCACUGCGAGGCGUGGGCUUCCCGGCCUGGCAAGAGCCGCAUCCCCGGCCGCGACCACCGGCGCUACUAUCACGACCACUGGCGGCUCGAAUACCUGAUGGACUUCAACCCGCCGCGGCACGGCAUGGUGUGCAUGGUGUGCGGCAGCUCCCUGGCCACCCUCAAGCUCAGCACCAUCAAGCGCCACAUCCGCCAGAAACACCCAUACUCCCUGUACUGGAGCCCCCGCCAGAAGGAGAUCAUCAGCAGCAGCUGGGACGCUCAUCUGGGGCUGGGGGCCGGGGGCGAGGGGCCGGGGGCCGGAGAAGAGCAAGGGGCAGAGGAGGAGGAAGAGGAAGAGGAGGAAGGGGGGACAGACCCAUCCGCCCACCUGUUGAAGAGCUCAGGCAAUUCCCCAGCCCCUGGGGGCUGCUGGCGGCGUGGGGGUCCCUCGGCUCCCCGGGCCUGGCGUGCCUCUGCGGCCCGGUGGGCGGGGGGCGGGGGCGGGUGGGGGCAGAGUUUGGAGCGGCAGCUGAAGGAGUCUCUGCAGAGCUGGUUCCGGGCCGAGUUCCUCAUGGAUUAUGACCCGCGGGGGAACCGGCUGGUGUGCAUGGUCUGCUGGCGGGCGCUGCCCAGCCUCCACCUGGAUGACAUCCGUGCCCACGUGCUGGAGGUCCACCCGGGCUCCCUGGGGCUCACCGCUCCCCAGCGCAGCGCCCUGCUGCAGGCCUGGGGCGCCUGGCCAAGAGGCUCAACAUCCUUCCCCCUCCCCGCAGCAGACGAUGACGUCGCCCCCCAGGACUUGAGCAGCAAAGCCCACGGCCUGGUCCCUCCCUCCGACGCCCCCUCACCCCCGGAGCCCAGCGCCUCGGGAGCGGACAGAGAGCUGGGCUGGGUGUCGGGGAGCCCUAGGGUGAAGGAGGAGGAGGAGGAGGAAGAGAAGGGGGCCUGGGCCUCCCCCAGCGUGCCCCGGGGCCGAGACCACCGGCGUUACUACCAGGAGCGCUGGCGUCUGGAGUACCUGAUGGACUAUGACGGGGGCCGGCGGGGGCUGGUGUGCAUGGUGUGCGGGGGGGUCCUGGCCACGCUCAAGGUCAGCACCAUCAAGAGGCACAUCCACCAGCGCCACCCGGGCUCCACCCAGCUCAGCGGCCCCGUCAAGGCCCUCAUCGCUCAGGAGUGGAGCCGCCAGGCUGCUCGCCUGCUAGCCCUGGGGCCGCCCUUCUGCGAGCUGUCAGGGGGGGCCGGGGGGGACGUUGUCACCGCUGCCACAACCCUGCAGGGGGACGGGGAGGAGGAGGCAGUGGUGGUGAAGGAGGAGGCAGUGGUGGAGGAGGAGGAGGAAGAGGAAAAGUGGGCAGACCCUCGUCUGUCUUCUGAAGAGCCAGCAGGCGAAGAGGAGGAGGAGGAGCAGGAAGAGGAAGAAGAGAGCCUGAGCCUUCCCGUGAGGGCGCCCCCGCCCCCACCCCCGCAGCCCCUCACCCCCCGCAGCCGGGAGCAGCGACGCUACUACCAGCCGCGCUGGAGGAGCGAGUACCUGAUGGACUAUGAUGGGGGCCGGCGGGGACUGGUGUGCAUGGUGUGCGGGGGAGCCCUGGCCACCCUCAAGGUCAGCACCAUCAAACGACACAUCCUGCAGGUCCACCCCUUCUCCCUGGAGUUCUCGCCCCAGGAGCGGCAGACCAUCCUGGAGGCCUACGAGGAGGCCGCCCUGCGCUGCUACGGGCAAGAGGGCUUCAGGGGCCCUGUCCAGAGUCCAGGCCGGGAAGCCGAGGUCAAGGCCGGGGGCGGGGGAGCCAUCUGCAAGGUGUAGCCCGGGAGGGCAGGAGCGGGGUCCAGGGUGGGGGAGAAGCCCCCCCACUCGGGUCCCUGGGGAAAGGGUGGCCAACACAGCACUUAGGAGUCAUUCGACCCAGGCCAGGCCCUUGGACUUGGAUUCUCUUCCCCUGGAGGUGGGGCAGGGACCCGCCCCCAUAGGACCGAGGGGGAACCAGGACCUGGGUAAUUGGAAGAUCUCACUCCCCAUCCUUCCCUGGCGCUCUCCCUGCCCGGCUAUACCCCCGAUCAACCCAACCCUGGGAGCACCCUGGGAGGAAAAAAGGGAUCUGGGGCAGUGGCUUCUGCCUAGGCCCCCAUAUGGUGCUGGGCUGGUUGGCUAGCGUGGAGCCACGAGGACCGACUGACCGUCAUUGCGCCUUGGUUUUUGGUGUUCACAGCUCCACCUGCCCCGACCCCCUCUCUUUU